AUGUCGCAUAAGGGACUAGACUACGAGACACUGAAUGAAAACGUGAAGAAGGUUCAAUAUGCUGUUAGGGGCGAGUUGUAUCUUCGUGCUUCUGAGCUUCAGAAGGAAGGGAAAAAGAUUAUUUUCACAAACGUGGGCAACCCUCAUGCUCUAGGACAGAAACCACUGACUUUUCCUCGCCAGGUGGUUGCUCUUUGCCAAGCUCCAUUUCUAUUAGAUGAUCCUAAUGUAGGACUCGUAUUCCCAGCAGAUGCAAUUGCAAGAGCUAAACACUACCUUUCAUUGACUUCGGGUGGUCUAGGUGCUUAUAGUGACUCUCGAGGUCUUCCUGGAAUAAGGAAGGAAGUGGCAGAGUUCAUUGGGAGGCGUGAUGGGUAUCCAAGUGAUCCAGAGCUCAUAUUUCUCACGGAUGGUGCCAGCAAAGGAGUAAUGCAGAUUUUGAAUACAAUUAUCCGUGGUGAAAGGGAUGGGAUUUUGGUUCCUGUCCCACAAUAUCCGCUUUACUCAGCUGCAAUAUCUCUCUUUGGUGGUUCUCUUGUUCCAUAUUAUCUGGAAGAGACAGCAAACUGGGGUCUUGAUGUAAAUAACCUUCACUCGUCAGUUGCAGCAGCUCGCUCCAAAGGAAUAACUGUCCGAGCAAUGGUGAUUAUAAACCCUGGAAAUCCUACUGGUCAGUGUCUUAGUGAAGCCAAUUUAAAAGAAAUAUUGCACUUCUGUUACCAAGAAAACUUAGUCUUGCUUGGAGAUGAAGUUUACCAACAGAAUAUUUACCAGGAUGAGCGCCCUUUUAUCAGUGCUAGAAAGGUUUUGAUGGACAUGGGCCCACCCAUAAGCAAGGAGCUCCAGCUUGUUUCUUUCCACACAGUCUCUAAAGGAUAUUGGGGUGAAUGUGGACAGCGUGGUGGAUACUUUGAGAUGACCAACAUUCCUCCACAGACUGUUGAUGAGAUUUAUAAGGUUGCAUCAAUAUCACUCAGUCCAAAUGUCCCUGGGCAGAUAUUUUUAGGUGUCAUGGUCAAUCCUCCCACACCUGGAGAUAUUUCAUAUCUGCAAUUUAUGAGAGAGAGCAAAGGUAUCCUUGAGUCACUGAAGAGAAGGGCACAGAUAAUGACUGAUGGAUUCAACAGUUGCAGAAAUGUAGUUUGUAAUUUCACAGAAGGGGCCAUGUACUCAUUCCCUCAAAUUCGAUUGCCACCAAAAGCUAUUGAGGCUGCCAAAAAGGCUGGUAAAGUGGCUGAUGUUUUCUACUGCCUCAAGCUCUUGGAAGCCACUGGAAUUUCCACUGUCCCUGGUUCAGGAUUUGGACAGAAAGAAGGGGUCUUCCACUUAAGGACAACCAUCUUGCCAGCUGAGGAAGACAUGCCUGCAAUUAUGGAAAGUUUCAAGAAGUUCAAUGAUGAGUUCAUGGAACAAUAUGAAGACCAUAGAGGCUAUUCAAGGAUGUAA